AUGAGUCCUAUGAAAAAAGAUUUGUCUGUGCGAGAGAGCCGCCUAGCUGAGACUGACCAGUCUACAGAGCUGGCUAGUGUAAUGAGUUUUAAUUCCACUAACAGCAAUCAGCAGUCUUCUGCCACACCUUUACCACCGGGAACAUCCCAAGCUCCUGGCACUCAGGCACUACCCACACAGACCAUUCCUGGACAAGUGGCUCCCCCACCAUCACAGGUCCAGGCACCUCAAGCCCAGCAGAUACCGUCACAGGAUCUAGCCAAUCAACCGCAGCAACUUGAAACCAAGGUGGAGAUGGUGUACUCGCUGCUGUCAAUGCUUGGGGCACAUGACAAGGAUGAUAUGAGUCGGACACUCUUGGCCAUGUCCAGCUCUCAGGAUAGCUGUAUUGCCAUGCGACAGUCAGGUUGUAUGCCACUGCUGAUCCAGUUACUACACGGAAGUGACAAGGAUUCAGGGUUGCUAGGCAACACAAGAGGGAGUAAAGCUGCCCGAGCACGGGCUGCAGCGGCACUUCACAACAUUGUACACAGUCACCCUGAUGACAAACGAGGUAGGCGUGAGGCCAGAGUACUAAGACUGCUGGAGCAGAUUCGUGCCCACAGUGACCAGCUGAGGGAUGGACCAGAAGAGGAAGCAGGGCAAUCAGGUAACAAGACACAUGACAUGGAUCACCAUCCAGGUCCAGCUGUAGCAGCUCUGAUGAAGUUGUCAUUUGAUGAAGAACAUCGCCAUGCAAUCUGUAGCUUAGGAGGUGUACAGGCAAUAGCGGAGCUGAUACAGGUUGACAACGAUAUACACACCGACACAGAGGAACAGUAUAAUAUCACCAUGCGUCGCUAUGGCUGUAUGGCCCUCACCAAUCUUACCUUCGGUGACGGCACCAACAAAGCUCUACUCUGUUCCAUGAGAGGAUUUAUGCAAGCACUGGUCAGUCAGUUACUGUCUUCUUGUGAAGAUUUGUGUCAGGUUGCUGCGAGUGUACUUAGGAAUCUUUCCUGGAAAGCUGACCUGGCAAGUAAAAAGACAUUGCGUGAAGUAGGUGCGGCCACUACUCUCAUGAAAGCUUCCAUGGAAGUGAAAAAAGAGGCUACGUUGAAGAGUAUUCUCAGUGCGUUGUGGAAUCUGUCUGCUCAUGGAAGUGAAAAUAAGGCAGAUAUAUGUGCAGUUGAUGGUUCAUUAGAGUUUUUAGUUGGUACAUUAACCUAUAAAAGUCCUUCUAAGACAACGGCUGUGAUAGAAAAUGGUGGCGGUGUGCUUCGUAAUAUUUCAAGUCAUAUCACAGUUCGUGAGGAUUACCGAGCAACACUACGUAAACAGUCAUGUCUUCAGAUUCUGCUGAAACAACUUCGGUCCACAAGUCUGACAAUAGUUAGUAACGCAUGUGGUACCUUAUGGAAUCUCUCUGCUCGCUGUUUAGAGGACCAACAGGCAUUAUGGGAUAUGGGGGCAGUUGGCAUGCUCAGGAAUCUUGUGCAUUCAAAACAUCAGAUGAUUUCAAUGGGAAGUUCAGCAGCUUUAAAGAACUUACUCAAUGCCUGUCCUAAUAUAAAGAAUAUGAACAUGGAUAGAAAGACAAAUUCAAACCGUCCAUCGUUACAUGUACGGAAACAGAGAGCAUUAGAAGCAGAAAUUGACCAGAAUUUAUCAGAGACUUGUGAAAAUUUAGAGAGCCCUCGUGACAGUCCGACAGAGAAUGGACGUAAUACUGAAAAAGACAAUAAUUCACGUUUUCACUUCCCUGGUGGUACAGGGCAGCAGGAACAUGACUCGCGGCGAUUGUCCCGUGGUCCCUACUAUCAGAGUGGGACACGAAGUGGGGAUAAUACUCCGAUGUCUGACAGUCGUCUGAUGUCACCAAAACGGGUGGCAAGAUCAGGCAGUCAAGACAGUGUAGGGAGUACUCAUUCAGACAUCUCACACGAUCGUAGUCGCUUUCGUGCAGCGAUGCGAAAUGCAAGAAAUUGUCAAGAGAGACAGGGAGGAAGUCUCGAUCGGAGAACUUCUGGAACAUCAGGAGGGCAUCAGUAUGGGAAUUCCUCUUCUGAGGAGACAGGGUCUGAACAAGGCAGUCACGAGGGGCAACCCCACUCAUCAGGGGCUCACAUAGCACAGGUCAUGAUGGAAGUAGAGAGAGAUAAGGUAUCAUAUCCUUUGAGGGGAGAUAACUCAAAUCAGCAUGGACCUCCUGCCCCAGCGGGACCAGCUCACCAGCUUUAUCGGAGCCUAACUAACUCUUCGUCAUCACCAGGUCCACAGCACAUGCACCAGAACAAUCAGUUUGUGGCGAGUACACCUGGUAAUAGCAGUUACCCAGGUGCUCAGCAUUACCAUCAAGGUAAUGACAAUGACCAACCCAUCGACUACAGCCUCAAAUUUCAUGACAGUCAAGCUUCAACCACAUCAAAUUAUCAUGACAAUCAACCAGCACACCAGGGGCCAAAUAACAGAAAGAUGGGAGGACCGGUUACUAGUAUGGGUCCUCCUUCCCAGCCUCCACCCCAGCCACAACAAAGGUUCAAUAAUUAUAUGAACCCUGGGUAUGAUCCCAAACAAGGUGUGCCAAGGUUUGUACAUCAUAGACUACUGGGAGAGCAUCCACGUCAGAUCAAUCCCGGACCAUUUAUGCGUCCACCGCUCCGCCCAAUGAUGAGACCUCCGAUGAUUCCACCUCAGUUCAGUACGUAUGCUGAGACUGACCUGGAUAGUGAUGACCAACCUACAGAUUUCAGUCGCAGAUACCCGGAACAACAUGAAGAAGAUUAUCGUGACCAACCCAUAUCCUAUAGUACACGAUUUCAGGAAGGGGAAGGACCUCGCUAUCAGGAAAAUAACCCCAUACAUAUGCGGUACCGAGACACAGACCCUAACUGUGCUGAUUGUAAGCUGGAGGAAGCUCGCCGAACCAAUGACAGACUAGAACAGUGUACGCACAGUUUCCAUGACGACCAAGUAAAGACAUUCUACACUGAGGGAACACCUCUUAACUAUCUCUCUUUGGCAGCCUCAAUGACAGACUUAACUGGGAAGAAUGCAGAAAAGGAGGAGUCAGAGGAGGGAGAAGAAGAGGAAGAGGAGGUAAAUAAUGAGUCACAUUACAAUGAAUCAGAAAAACAGACAGCCUCAUCAAAGCAUUACAGCAGUGAUGCUGACAAGCGUAUGGGAAAUAGUUCGCGACACUGUGAGUCUGACAAACGAAGUGGAAGUGGAAGCAUGGGCACAGACCAGCAGACGGGAACCACUGUGAUAACUAACUACCACCGUACUCCUCCGGGCAGUCCCCCGCCCCUACCUGAUGAAUCGGUAGAAGUCAAUACCCUGGAAAGGUCAUUUCAUGCUAGAUCUGAUGAUGAUUCUAGUCAGGAUCAAAUAAAGACAUACUGUGAGGAAGGCACACCCAUCUGUUUCUCCAGAGUGAGUUCUCUCAGUAGUCUACACAGUACUGAAGCUCAGGACAAGGUGGGGACCGAAGCACUCAAUCGUCAACUUGGUCUCACCAGCAUCAAUGAGAACGAAAACAACAAAACAUCAAAUCGUGAAAUGAGCCCUGGUGAUCGUAGGGUCAGUGCUGGGAAAUAUACUCCACUAAUGGGCCGACAGAAGCUUCUCAGUGAUUCAGAUGCACAGAGUUCGGAGUAUGAGAAGGAGCACAAAACCGUGACAUUUGAUGACCACCAUCAUGUAGAGGAGACUCCUCUCAUGUUCUCCAGAUGCAGUUCUCUUGGUUCUCUUAGCAGUUUUGAUGCCCAAUCUGUACACAGCUCAGUAGUGAGUGAGUACAGUCGUCGAGCCAGUGAGGUCGUUUCUCCCAGCGAGCUUCCUGAUUCACCAAGUGAGACAAUGCCUCCAAGUCCACGAGGAAAAUCACCACAGCCUGAUGAAAGCUCUAAAAGUUUGUCAUCUAAGAAUUACAGUGAUUCUUCGGAAGUGAAAGGAUUUAGUAGUUCAAUUCCACAAAAUGUGGUGAAACCCAUGCCAUCAAACAACAUGAACAAAACUAUUUUUGUAGAGACAGCCUCAAUUAUGGGUAAAGAUGAUCGACCAACUGUUUAUGCAGAUGAGGGUACACCACCUCAUUGCUCCGAUAGCAACAGUAUUCUAAGUGCCUUGACAAUUGAUGAUAGUGAUAAUACCAAACAUUCAAAAGACACAGAUAGUGAAGCUUCCAAACGUGCAAAGGAUUCUGAUUCUAAUGAUCUGACAUUAAUUCAGGAGAAAGUAGACGAUAUAAGCAUGUUCAAUCGAAGUGAGGAUAAGGAGAACUCGUCAAUGUCAGAAGUUUCUGAGGGUGAGGAAGACAUUCUAAAACAGUGUAUCAUCUCUGCCAUGCCACCGAAAAUGAGGAGAAGCUCUUCAGAUAAUACAAUCAAGAAAAAGUCAGCACAAUCUAAGUCUGAAUCACAUAGAAGCAAGAUGCCUGUUAGACAGGGAAAAACUGCCAGCAGCAAGUCAGUUUUGUCACCAACCUCAAAAGGAAAGAUAUCACGAGGUGGGAGUAAACACCAUCGACAGAUUACAGAGGAAAGCUUACAGGAGGAUACAGUUAAAUCAUAUGCUUCUGAGGACAUACCAAUGUCAAGGUCACAGAUUAAUCAAAUGUCAAGGUCACAGGAUAGUUCCAUGUCAACUUCACAAGAAACAUCAGGGCCACAGGACAUACUGAGGACAAGAUCACAGGAUUUCCUUACAUCAUCAAUCAUGAGAGUGGCAGAGUUGUGUAAUGUCCCAAAUGCAGGACAAGGUAUACCAAAUACCAGUGUACAAAAUAAUAUACAAUCAAAUAACAAAUGCCGAGAUGCUGCAAAAGGACAUAGGCCAACACUUAAUGUUGGCAGAGUAAUGCCAAAUGUCUGCCAUUCCCAGACUUCUCAGAAACCUAAACCACUCCUAAAAUUACAGGAUAUUUUAAGACGAGAAGAGGAUGUUAUGGAUGAUAAUGAUGACAUACCAAUGUCAUACGCUACUGAGGACACACCUCUUAUGUCACAGGCGGUUUCACCAACAACCAAAAAGGCACCUGUUGACUUGUUUAAUAUGGAGGCUGUGGCAAAGAUUGAUGUUCAGGUGGAUGAUGAUGCUGUACAGCAGUAUGCUAUAGAGGGUACACCUUACAAUGUUUCAAAUCCAGGCUCGCCCUCACAUAAAGCUGAGGACACAGUUGAGAAUGUCAUUCAAAACAAGGUUAAACUUGUCAAUCUGUCGGCAAUAGAACCAUACAUACCUGAUGAUGGUGUUAAAACGUUUGCCACAGAGGACACUCCAAUUAACUUUUCUACAAAUGGAUCACUGAGUGACUUAAGUAUCAUUACGAACAUGACUGGAGAAAUGUCAGCAGGUUUGUCCAAUCCUGUAUCAACACAGAUAUCCCCGCAUGUAACUACAACAACAGAAACACAGCAGGAACCUGUCACAAAGAUCGCUAUGGCAACAGUUCCACACCUAUCAGAGAAACAGCAAGAAGAUCAAUCAGAAACUCAGCUCGAAGAAAACCCACAACUCGAUGAUACUCAUUCAGACAGUAGCUCACUUCUCGAUGAAAGCGACGAACUUUUGUCUGAAAUCAUACUGUCUGGAAUGCCAAAAGGCAAAGUGUCCAGAAAAUUAGAUAUGGAUCGUGCAGUGGAAGGUUCAGAAGUUAGGUCUCCGGCCAAGUCGCUGACUGCCCAUGUCUUCUCCCAGUCCACUGAAGCUAAGAUUGUGUUUCAGCCACAACGCACCUCUAGUCAUAUCCCAACAACCACGGAUAACCAGCGUACUUCUAGUCUAACCAGCGUAGAUAACCAGGCACACUUCAGCAUCCCCGACUCCACUAAGGUUUACGCAAUGGAAGGUGCCCCCAACAACUUCUCAAAUCCUACCUCAGUCAGUGACCAAGAAGGUCACAUUGUAUCAGGGGAUCCACAGAAAACUAAAUCACAAAAUAUUCAUUUAGACAACAGACCCUCACUCCUUCAAGAACCAAUUAUCAACUCAACAUCUGCGAGCAUGGAUCAGUCGAGCGUUAACAUGCUGGCUACCACAGCUGAUGAUUCUGUGUUUGUACAGACUAUCGAAUCCUGUGAUUCGGUUAAAGUGUAUAAUAUGGAAGGUACGCCCCAAACGUUUUCCAGAAAUGAUUCACUUAGUUCUUUAAGUAUGAUGGAUGAAGAUGUAAAAGGGGAUCUGUCAUCUAUGUCUAAAUCCAAAAAUGACAGAAAUAAAUCAAACCUGGCAAAUCCACCGGAAAGUUUGAAAACAACAGCUAGAAACUGUAGUAUUGAUCUUCAGCGUGAGGUCGAAGGUCAAUCUAGUGACGAAACAAAAUCACAGAAAUCAGGUAAAUGUUUGGAAGAGCAACCCAAAACAUUUGCUGUAGAGGAUACUCCACAGAGUUUCUCUAGGCAUUCAUCUCUAAGUUCAAUACAAAGUCAGGAUGAUGCAGCAAAGAACACCGAAGAAACAGCGCGGAAAGUUGACCCUGCGAAAGAUCAAAAUGAGAAAUUCACUGUUGAGGACACGCCUGCCAGUUUCUCGCGGAACAGCUCGCUGAGCUCACUUAGUAUGGACUCUGAUAUAUUUGAGGCAUCUGAACAGGCCUUGUUGGAUGAAUGUAUCAGCCUUGCUCUACCAAAGAGUCGAUCUGCUAGUGCAAAGUUGGAUGAAAAAGUUAAAAGUAAAAUUCCUAGGAGUAGUCCAUGUGGAACUAGCAUACCAAAGAAGGAUGGAGCUGCAAAGGAAGGAUCAACGAGAGGUGGGUCAAGAGAUGGUGCUUCUAAGGAAGCCCCUGUCAAGUCUUCCAGACAGGACCGACGAUCUUUGGAUGCCGACAUUAAUGUACAUAAAACCCAUGAAGACUCUCGCAGAUUAGAGAGAUCAUUUGAUGCCAGUAUGUUACCGUCAAUGCGACCAAAAGAGAAACAUGCCGACUUUAAAGUGCCGGCAUCUCAGUCUAUGAUGAUACCUGGCCGAAGUGGAAGGAGAUCUGAGCGUAAAUCAACAGAUCCCUCCAGGCGGUCGGAAAAUCGAUCAUAUGAUCGUAGUGUUGAAAAAGAUGCUCAAAUGUAUUAUCAGCGGAGCUGGAAUCGACAUCAUGUGAAGCAGUCAUCUCGUAUGACGCGUAGCUGUUCGUCUGCUGAGGAUAUGAGUUACCAUGGCGACCAUUACCAUGAGUCUCGGAUCGCUUUGUGGCAGCAGCAUCAGCAACAGCUUAUACAACAACAACAGCAACAACAUCUACGUCUUCAACAAAUGGCGCGCAAUUUCAGCGCUGGUCAGCAACAACAGCUUCAGCAACAUCAACAGCAGCAGCAACAACAGAUACAACAAAAACAACAACAACAAGAGACUGAUGUUGUCAAACGCGGGAGCUGGCGUCGGUCUCGCUCGCAAGACAGUGAUGGGUUCCUGAAGCGACAGAAAGAUUUUUCAAAUAUGGAGAUAGCCCAAUCUGUUUCCACCAUGCCUCAUCGCUUUCGGUAUUCUAUGGAAACAGUUUCGACUAGUGCAAUGGGAGAGAGCUACCAGGACAAUAGGGUCAUUGAGGAAAGAGAAACUCGACAACGAAAAAGUUUAUGGAACAGAAGAUCUUCAACUGAGAAACUAUCCAAGCGUGAUUCAAACAGCAGUAUAGAAAAACAGGACAGUGAGAAAUCUGAUCGGGAUAGUUACGGUUCUCACAGUCGCCGCAGUGGUAGCUAUAGUAACGACCAGAGACUAAGUGGCAGUAGACAUAGUGUUGGUAGUUAUAGCAAUGACUCUAGGUAUGGUGUUGUUAGUCAUGAAGUCGAUCCUAGAAUCAAUACCUACGCCAAGGAUCCAAGACAAAUUGGUGUUAGCUAUGAUACUGACACGAGGAAUAGUUCUGGUAGCAGCACUAGACGAGAUGAGGAGGAGGAAGCUCGGGUAGCCUUAAACAGAUCAGGGUACCAACCCCCGGACACUUCAGAUGGAGCAACACAACGUAGUCCAUUCAAAUACGUUGGAGGCAUUGACAACUUUGGCUUUGACCCAGCUAGCUCAAAUGAAGAUAUCACCGAAAAUGUUGACAGUGCUGAUGUAACUAUGACAGAAAACUUUGGAAGCGGGAAUAUGACAAUGACUGACGAGGCCAUAGAAUAUAUGAUGCAAAAUGGCUACGUGUAUUACGAAGAUGCAUCUCGUUCACAUGAGCAAUCCUUCGAGGAUGAAAUUACACCAGAUGAUGAACGGGCGUUAGAAAUAAAUGCCAGUCUUAUCGUAAACGAGAUUCAGAGUCGCCAAAUGAUCGGCAGCGCAGUGGAUGAAGAUAUGUUUAUAGAAAAUGAAACAUUAUCUCUUGUGUCCUGUGACUACACAUCAGACACUGCUUCAGAAGUAUCAGGUUCAUGGUCAGCUCAUUCUGAGAACUAUUCCGAGUCUAGAUCUCAGACCGACAAGUCAGAAAAUUCUAGCGCUGGGCCACGAAUUGUGAAACCUAGCAAUAAGCCUAAUGGUAAAAGUUCAUUGCCAGAUGACUCUAAAACAGUUCGUGGUCGUCGUAAACCACUGUACAGUCCUCGAACAAACACAACAACAACACAGAAAUCUACCCCUAAUCGUCAGGAUAAUGCUGCUAGUCGUGGUGGUCAAAGACCAACUCCAAAUAUUGGCAACAAGUCAUCAAACGUUGCCAAAGGACUUGGGUCAACAAACACCCGCCGUAAAGUACCAGCCCAAAAGACUCACCCACAGGCCAGCAGUACGCCUACAAAAGCAGCACCCGUUGUUAGUGGAAACUCACAGAAGUCCAAAAUUGGUAAACCGUCUCCACCAGAAAGGAAAUCUACUACGGUACUGACAUCUCAGAAACAACAGAUAUCCAACAAAAACAGCCCAAGCCGUUUACCAAUGGCUUCACAGAAUCGUAAGGGAAGCAAUACUGACCGACCCAAACCCCCGGUCAAACAAGGCACCUUCACAAAAGAGCCCACAGGAGUUAACGCCCCAAGGAUAUCUGACUCUGAUCCAACCCCAGAUACAUGGUCAAAGGCUCUGGGUACGUACAAUUUCUCAGUCAUUGAUUCCUCGUCGUCCGAGGCAACAAAAGAAAACACACAGCCGGGUGUGAGGAAGCUGCAGACACCAUUGAGUAAUAAUAUUACAAAAAAUCGGUCAAACAGUGGCGGAAAUAUAGCUGGCCGUAACGGAACUCCAAACGGGAAGCCCGCAUCAAGAGCAACAUCUAAUCUUAGCAAAUCUGGUGGAAGUAACUUGAAAAAAACUAACAGUGGGUCAUCACUGACUAAAACUGGAAGUGGGUCUUCACUUACUAAAACUGGAAGUGGGUCAUCUCUUUCAAAAACAGGUAGUGGCUCUUCAUUGACCAAAACAGGAAGUGGCGCCUCUCUCAAUAAGUAUGGUAGUGGCGCUUCAUUAAAUAAGUCAGGUAGUGGUGCCUCUUUGAAUAAGGGCGGAUCUAACCCAAAUCUUAGAAAGUUUGGCAGUAAAGGAGAACUUAGAAAGUCGGAUAGUAAUGCUAGUUUGAAGAAUAAUUCACGUCCCUCGACACCAGUUGGACGUAAAAACUCAGCCCCUGCUCCAGCGGCUUCUCGUAAAACAGAGCAAAAAACAACUCCUGGCAAAAAGCAGGUGAACAGCAAGGUAGCUAGUAUGUGGAGAAAAGAAGAUGUCGAAGAACGUGGAUCACGGCUUCCUGUCUCCACCACCCCACCUCAAAAGUCACCACGAGGAAACGCCAACAUGGCCAACAGUCGUUUACAGCAACCCAAAGGGCGGACAGGUUCCCCUAACUCCCGUGGUGAAAUUUCAGGUCAGAGAGUAUCACCCAGCACGAGUAAUGUAAAAUCCACUUCACGAGACGAAAGUGAUGGGAUAAGUCGGAGUUCUACCUAUGAUAAAAUCAGCGCUAUUAAUGACACAAGUCAAUUACCGUGUUUAGACAGCUCGGAUAGAAGUGCUCACAAUUCAACAAUCAAUAACAUUGCACAUUCCCCUGAGCAGGAAACUAAUGGGGGAAAAUAUGAUUCUGAACAAAAAUCAAGUUCUGCCAACUCCACAGAUCAAGGAAUGUCAAGUGAUAGCGUUUGCUCGCCGGACAGGGAUUGUGGAAGCGAAAGUGAAAGAGAUGUUGGUGAUGAAUCUUUGUUCAAACACCCUUCACAAAUGGACCCUUAUGGCCUGAAGGUACUAAAUCACCGCGUUGACUCAAGCACAUGGAAAAAGAAAAAAUCGGAGAGUUUAAUUGGAGAUUUGCCAAAUGCUGACGACACUAGUAAGUCACUGGAUGCUGUGCGGGCUUUGCUCGAUUCCUCUGCAAGUAUGACUGAAAGUAUGAUGAACUCUUCAGUGACGGAGGAUAGUUAUUUGAGCCAGGGCUCUAGUUUUCUCAGUCAGGGAAAUCAGACAAUCGAUAGCACCUGGCGGCGAUAUCGUGACGAGUCGGUUUCAAGUUUUGCUCAGAGUGAUGAUGAAGAAUCAAUUUGGGUGAGGCGUGAUGGGGACACUUCACGUUCAGAGCCUGAACUAAGCAAGCAUGGUCUGUUUCGAUCGAGUAAGCGCAAGUCAAAAGGUGGCAACAGUGGAAGUAAAAGCUUUCUGCCAAUUAAAGCAAUGAAGCAAAUAUUUAGUUCUGGAAAAAGUGUCAAAAAAGAGACAGAAACUAAAAAGGCAGCAUCCAGUAUGUCACUCUCAACUUCCAAGGAAAGUCUGUUUAAACUGAAUAGGAGUGGACUAGAGGCUUUAAACAAAAGUGAAAUUUUAAAUAGAACCGAUAUUUGCGAUGAGGAAAAUUCUAAGAAAAAAGAGCAACAUUCAAAGAAAAAGAAGGAAGAACUACAGUCUAAGAAAAAGGAAGAAAGUCUCCGAAAGAAAGAGGAAAGUUUGAAGAAAAAAGAAGAAAGCUUAAAGAAAAAACAGGAAAAAAUUGAAAAGAAGGAGGAACAGAAACGCAAAGAUGAGAAGAGGAAAGAAGAGAAGAAAGCUGCUAAGGCAGCACUAAGCACAUCAAAAUCUCAGGAACUGAAGACAAGUCCACAAGCAACAGUUCCGCCAUUCAAUUACAAACCUACUACUACCAAGGGAGAUGCUUCUGUCCCUAACUCUGCCAAAGGUAACACCACCCCUACUAAGACUGUGCCUCCGCCAGCACGGUCUAGUAGUAUUGAUGACAACAAACGCGAAAUCGAAGAUUUGACUGUGAAACCAACCACUCCAAGAAAGACUAUUCCAACACCAACUGGACAUGCAACAAAAACGGAAAUGCUGCAAGCUAGACGUAAGCAGACUUACCUGCAAAACCUAAGUUUGCAGUCAGAGGAAAAUGCGACAGUGGAGACAACGCCGAAGGGAUGCAUUGUAACCACUGUGUAGAAUAGAGAUUUCAGCGAUUCAUUUCCUGACAUUGGAGGUUGUCUGGUAUAUUUUGUUAUCAAUUUUGAACACUGACUAUGUACACUGUAAGUAGACGUGGUAAAAUGGUGUAGAUUUUGUUAUAAAUAGUGUACGUGUGAUAUGAUACUGUGUUUACUACUGGAAGUUCAGAGCAUGAUAAACACAGUAUGUCAAACAUGUAAUUAAUACACUGAGGGUAUUCAGAUACAGUGAAUUCAGUCUGAAUAUUCCAGGUCGGUGAUACCUUAAACUUCAGCAUUUCACUGACGUUUCAGUCAGUGGACUAUUAUGUUACUCUGCGAUAUUAUCAGACAUUAAUAACAGAAAUCACUUGACCGGACAAAAAAAAAUUCAAAAUAGGAUUUCUGGACUGAUGAACUAGUCUAUGGAACUGAAACUGUUCAUAAAACAACUACUGUUAAAGACUCAAGUCACAAUCAAUAACACAAAUUUGUGCAUUGGUGUAUUUCAAAUGGUGCAAUCUUUAUAUGUGAAUAUGUGUGUAAAGAUGAAUUCUACAUGGGCGCAAGCGAAGGAUCAAGGUGUAGUGAUUGGCAUUAGCUGUAAGGGUUCAUAGUAUAAUGAACCACAUUGAUGUCUAAAUUUCAAGUUCAUAUUAUAUAUUCAAUUAUUGAAAUUUUGUUUCUGUGAAGUCUUGAUUCACCUUAAUAACUCCAGAAAUUCACUUGUUUCCAGUGAAUCUAGAAAUUUGCUUUCUCACAUUAAAGGCUUGGUUCUCUUUAUACCUCCUGAUGAAAAAUCAUGUAAUUAUUCAUUAAUAAUGUAUAUUUUUGCGGCAUUGUAUCUUAUCAUUUUCUUUACCGAUAGAAACAGCAGAUAAAAUGAAAGGACUGGUAAUAAUGUGAGGUGCUGACAAAUUAACAUAUAAUCAUUUUGUUGAUUUCACCAUGCGGUUGAAGUGAAAUUGCUAUUAUUUAUCAUACUUAUACGAGAAGUCACAUUCGCCUCAAUUUACCAUAGCCAAACUUUGUCGCAUGGAAUUGGCCAGUUUUUCGUUGUUUCUGGUUUACACCAUUACAUCGUUAAGAAAUACCUUCAUAAAAAUUCUAUUUGUCCUUUGUAUCCUACUGAUAAGGUCUACAGAAAUAUUUAGAAUGAGUGAAAUGAUAGUCUGGUUUUAGUAAUCGUUUAAUGUUUCCGUAAAUGGCCUUGGUGUAUCGUAAUGGUCUUCGUUGUUGUGAGACUCAGUUUUUUAUACCUUUAACAGACUGUUGAGUGUUUAAUCGUUCAUUUAUACAAGUAAUCUGCCAAAGUCUUAGUAGUAUUAGUGUACAAAGUCGCUGGCGAUAUUUUUACUUACACGUAGCACAUUGACAUUUAGCGAAGUUAUGUUCGGAUGUUCGUUUGAACAUUUAACAGUAAUGACCUUGUUUCAUUUAUUUUAUAUUGAUAUAUUAGUACACUGAUUCUCAUAUCGCCAUCACUGAGAGAAAGAAACGAUUGAAGUAGAAUCAGCUGUGGUACAAAUCGUCGGCAAUGUCAUCAGUUCCUGUCUAGUUACUAUGGUUACUAAUAUUUGGUAAGAGUCAUCAGAUUUCAGUACCGGACGGUAGGCAUUAUUCAUCAGUUUCGGUAGUUUGCCCUCAUUACUGUUUCACGGAGACCACCAAAAUCUACUCUGUAAUUUUUAAAUGUUAUUUUUAGCUGUUCCUUUUGUAUGGUGCAUUACUUGUGACUGCUGCUCACUGCCUUAAGACAUCUGUUUCACCCAAACCAUUUGUUUUUCUGAUCUUUACUGAAAAUGAUUUUGAUUUUUUGAAUAACGUAAUAUAUAUCAAUGCCAGAAAAGGUGGUCCUGUUCCGUAUAUAUUGCAUGUCAUGGUGCACAUCCAUUAAAGGCAAUACCUAUGUACCUCUGUUCAACCGUUGGCCCAAAUAUGUAUACGAAAUAGAGGAAUGGACUUUGUCCUUAGAUGACCUGUAGUAACUUGAUUUAAGACCGAUUUCCUGUAACACAAGAUAGAUAUCUGUGUAUAAAUGGUAAAUAGCUGGUAUCUUGAUAUCAAUAAUGCAGUAUGUCAUGUCUUAACACUUAUUACUGCAAUUUUGUUUACACGAACAGGAAAUGUCGAAAUUGUAUCAUUGAUCAAGUGACAUUCUACCAAAUCAACAUUCUUAUAGUAGUAUAAUGAAAGGGACAUAAUCUUCAGUCGAUUCCAUUUAAAUUCUUACAGUGAAGUUAAACUCAACUAUUGGUGACGAACUUUGAACUUUGGAUAUCGCCUCAUGGGGAUGGAUGCUGCCUAUAAGUGAGCGUUGUCUCGUUUUGUUGAAAAAUGUUUUUAAUGGAAAUAGUGUUGUUGUGAGCACUGCCUGGGUUUUAGAGAAAAUGCCUCCUAGUGAGUUUGCGUUGUAAUGGAUGUCACCACAAUUAGGUAGAGCCAUUGGUUGUGCGACUUUGAUUCACUGUUGUCCAAGACUUCACUGUAAGUUAAUGGUCUAUUUCAAGGUAUGUCGUUAGAUAUCUACCCCAUUUAUUAGUAUAUAUUGUUUCCUGGUCGUCAUCAAACUGCAGCAACCUAGGAAUCAACUUGUGUUGAUUUUAAACAUUGAUAAUGAGUUACCAAAGACGCUAUAUUUCUUGUGUUAACAUUUACAGGGCAUUUGAUUCUGAUUAGAGGUGGCAUUACGAUGUGUUUAAACGUUUACAUAUACCUUUAAUGCUUCAUUUUAUCCUACUAAUUUAAUAUUACUGUACAUCAAUUAUCUCACAUUAUCUAUAGUAUAUAUAUCAACUUUAAAUGGUAUAAACAAGAAAUGCAAAUAAAUGUGCGAAAGUUUUUAUUAUAAUUUAUGAAACAAUGCGUCACCUGUCACACUAGUUUUUGUACAUGUGCCAGAAACAUAACAGGAUUUUGAAUACAUUUAUUUUGUCACGGGAACUUUGCGUUGAUUUCCUGCAGACUUAUUUUGAAUAUUUCUAGAUCAGUUCGAGAUUUUCCUCGAUCUACACCGGAUCUGAUAAUCUGCAAAUUCUUCAACAAGUGUAUAAUUUCUGAUGGUUUUUUUGUUUUUUGUUUUUGUAUUUGUGUUUUUUUUUUUUUUUUUUUUUAUAAAUUUCUACCUAUCUUUGCCUUAUGACAUUUUUAUAAAAUUUAAAUGAUUUCAACUAUAAAAAAUGGAUACAAAGUUUUCUUUAUAUUUCAAAACAAAUACAAAGUAGUAUGUAACAUUAGACAAUACUUGGUUGUGUUUCCCGAGUGUGCUGUACGUGUCCGGUUGUGAACGUUUCAGGUUGUGUAUUUUGUGUCGGGUAUCAGAAUUGUACCAGUUGUGUUGGUUGUUUAUCAUCAGUGUGUAGUUUAGUAGAGAGACUCAUCAGCCGAGAGAUAUAUAUUAUGUUAAAAUCUGUCUUGACUGAGCUCAUGUAAUUUUAAUCUUGGUUAAUAUGAUGUUUAUUUAUCCGCGUCCGGAAAACGCUUGUAUUUGAGUGACAAUGAUCACUUUAUGCUGUGUUAGCUAACGAACGGUCUGGACCUUCGCUUUAACAGUGUAUUUCUUCAUAAUGGCGUUAUUUAUGACACGUGUACUAGAUUUUCCUACAAAGAUUCAAUCUCUACCCUGCUUUUCGUUCCUUACACUCACGCCCACCAAUGCGAGUGUAAGGAGAGACAACUCUGGUUGAGUAUAGGUUGACUUUGAAAUUUUAAAAAAAAGUUUGAACAUACUGAUUGUUGUUUCACCACAUUGUACCUUCAGUUUUAACCUAAUUCCGAUUACCCGGAUACUUCCCGGAUAACUGUAACUGUCGCUUUGUGUAUAGCAUUUUCAUAUUCCAGUUUCCCACCAAUAUUGUCAGACUAAGUAUGUUCUGGUGUGUUCGGUAGUGUUCAUUAAAGGGAAGGAAGAUCCGAGCACAAGACUAGUAUGGUGUGUGUAAGGACGAGAGGACAUACGGAUGUAAGGACGAAUGGAUGUAUAAAGUACGAAGAGUUUAUGUACAUACAGGUCUUGAACUCAAUUUCAAAAUGGCUGCUUAGUGUACAAUGAUGUGUGUAUACAAGAUAUUUUUUAUGAAUUUGUUCUGCUAUAAAUAACAUUGAGCUUUAUUUCCAUGCUACUUUGCUUUGUGACGAUACCAAAGCUUGUCACUAGAGACAGAAGUUGUAUAAACCGUUGCCAGUAGUUAUAUACAAUAGAUAUCGGCCAUAUUAUGUAUUGUAAAAAGUCUGUUUUGUCAAGAUUGUUUUGAAAACUGAAUAACUACUUAGCAUAAAGUGUCAGAGGAAUUUAUCAGCAAGUAAAGGUAUAUUUAUUCCUGAAGAAAAA